AAAACAGAAACCGAAACUUCCCAACCAAAAGUAAAUUCCCAAAUUUAAAAACCAACUCUCUCAGAUCUCUAUCUUUCUGCAGAAGUAGAAUCACAAGAAGAAGAAGCUGUUAUUGUUAGAAUUUUUGUGGGUUUGAGAUUUUGAUCUUUCUGUAAUUGAAGUUUGGAGAGAGAGAGAGCGAGAGAGAAGAAGAAUGUUUAACGGAAUGAUGGAUCCAGAGAUGAUAAGGCUCGCUCAGGAGCAGAUGAGUCGAAUGUCACCUGCCGAUUUCGCUCGAAUCCAACAACAGAUGAUGUCUAAUCCAGAUUUGAUGAAGAUGGCCACUGAAGGCAUGAAGAACAUGAAUCCUGAAGACUUGAAGAUGGCUGCAGAGCAGUUGAAACAUACCCGUCCCGAGGAGAUGGCUGAGAUUGGUGAGAAGAUGGCUAAUGCAUCGCCCGAAGAGAUAGCAGCUAUGCGUGCCCGUGCUGAUGCUCAGAUGAGCUAUGAGUUGAGUGCAGCUGAGGUGCUGAAGAAAAAGGGGAAUGAGCUUCACAACCAGGGAAGGUUCAGUGAUGCCUCAGAGAAAUAUUUGCUUGCAAAGAAAAAUUUACAAGGCAUUUUAUCCUCCAAAGGCAGAACAGUUCUGUUGGCAUGCUCACUCAACUUGAUGUCGUGUUAUUUGAAAACAAGACAGUAUGAUGAAUGCAUAAAUGAAGGCUCUGAGGUUUUGGCAUAUGAUGCGAACAAUAUCAAAGCUCUUUACCGAAGAGGACAAGCAUACAAAGAACUUGGUCAAUUAGAAGAUGCUGUGUCUGAUUUGAGCAAGGCACUUGAAGUUUCCCCAGAUGAUGAAACAAUUGCAGAAGUUUUAAGGGAUGCAAAGGAAAAAUUGGCCAAAGAAGGGGGUGGGCAUGCACGAAGAGGUUUAGUGAUUGAAGAAAUUACUGAAGAGGUUGAGACUGUCAAUUCCGAAAAUCAUAAAAGCUCAUCCAUGGAGCAUUCAGUGGUACAGCCACAUCAAAAUGGCGACUCUACUAAGAGUCAAAGUACAGUUAACAGAGGGGGUAUUAUGUCCAAUUCUGAGUCUUUGCAUGCUUUGAAAGAUGACCCAGACACAAUCAGAUCGUUCCAGAAUUUUAUUUCAAAUGUUGAUCCGGACACACUGGCUGCCAUGAGUUCUGGAAAAUCUGGAGAGGUACCUCCUGAAAUGGUUAAGACUGCAUCAAAUGUGAUCAGCAAGAUGUCACCUGAAGAACUUCAAAAAAUGCUUGAAAUGGCUUCUUCAUUUCAGGGGGAGAACCCAUAUUUUACGGGAGGUUCCUCAGAUAAUAAUCCUGGCAGCUCAGUUCCUCCAAAUAUGACACCUGACAUGCUUAAAACGGCAACUAAUAUGAUGAAUAAAAUGUCGCCGGACGACCUUCAGAAGAUGUUUGAAAUGGCAUCCUCUUUGAAAGGGAUGGACUCAGUUCCUACAGCAGCAGCUGUAAAAGGGGUUUCAGAUACUGGGCCAAAAUCUUCAGCUGCCCAGGAAAAUCCUGUAGUUAAUAGAUCUAGUGUUGUGGGUGAAUCUAGUUCAUCUCGUGAUAUGUUUUCAAAUUUAAGAACUUCUACUCCAUCAAGCUUCCCAUCCUCGACUCCUGAUUUGCAAGAACAGAUGAGAAAUCAAAUGAAAGAUCCAGCAAUGCGGCAGAUGUUUACAUCAAUGAUUAAGAAUAUGAAUCCAGACAUGAUGGCAAACAUGAGUGAACAGUUUGGUAUGAAGCUUUCUCGAGAAGAUGCAGCAAAAGCUCAACAAGCUAUGUCAUCAUUAUCACCAGACGACUUGGAUAAAAUGAUGCGUUGGGCAGACAGGCUUCAAAGAGGAGUGGAAGGUGUAAAGAAGACAAAGAAUUGGCUGCUGGGAAGACCUGGCUUGAUUCUGGCUAUAUGCAUGCUAAUUUUGGCGAUGAUCCUUCAUCGGCUGGGAUACAUUGGUGGCUAGAAAUCUCAGUCAUGUAAAAAUCCUAUGUAAGUUCAUACUCUGGAUGAUUGACAAGUGUAGAAGCUGAACGUCCUUCAAUAAUCUCCAGGAGGGACGGAAAAUGCAAUGCAAUGUUUACUUUAAGAAAUGGAAUACAAUAUAAAAAGGGGUUAGGGAGAGAGAGAGAAACCGGUUGGGGUGGGGAGGGGGUUGUUUGAUGGAUAAACAUGAUGCACAAGAUUUGUUUUUUUUUUUUUUUUUUUUUUUUAAUGCGGAAUUCUUUGAUUUAUUGAAACCCGUACUGAAAGUAGAGGAAACCCGUACUGAAAGUAGAGGAGAUAAGAUUACAGUGCUAAAAGGGACUCUCAAGGAGAGACCCCAAUUACGGAACUGACUGUCAAUAAACUUAUGUAGUGUGCAAUGAUUACGGAUAUGUGAUUUCUUGA